AUGAUUUCCCUACGAGAGCAAUUUGCUAUUCAGGCGCUCCAGGAAUUGGCCAGUGAGUUCGGCAACAACACUGAGCUGAGUCUUGAAGAAAUCAACCAGAGUGAAGACGUUGCUGAUUACUUGUUCGAUGGUGACAUCAACCUUACAGAAAAACAACUCGAAAUGAUAGAAGCUAGUUUGAUGGAAAACAAUGUGACUCGCCGCAAACGUCAGUUGGAUAUCGUUACUCCACGUUGGCCAAACAAGCGCCUUUACUACACCUUCGACGCCAGCAUAAACGUCUUCGGUCUCACCUACCGACUGUUUACCCCACCUGCUGGCUCUCGUUUUCGGACUCGAACCGUUUAA